AUGCAUCUAAUUCUGUCCAUAAAGAUCAACCCAACUGAUUCAAAAAAGGAAUUGUGUUGCUGUGAUGAAAACCUGGAAUCUGUAUAUUUUCCACAUAUUCCUCUACCAAAUAGCAGGUAAAACAUAAGACCCAAAUCUUCUUAUAGAGUUGGCGUUCAGGGGUUUGUUGUUCAAAAGCCAAUUAGCUUGUUUAACUCUAGAUUAAUCUAAAAUUUAAAACAAACUUUCCAACAACUUGUUUAUAAAUUUUGAAAUAUUUCUUCAUAGAUAUUGUCUGGAUUACUAGACGUUUUUCUUCUCUGAAGUUUUGAAAUAAACGGACGUGCAGAAAUACCUAAACUAAAACAUCAGGUUAAAUUUUAACCGAGGGUUAGCACUAUUCCAGCUUUGAAUAACCGGUCCUGCAGCAACUCAAGAGGGUGCAUCACAGCGUUCUUAAGUAAAUUUUUUACUUAAAAGUGACUCAAUUUUUCGUGUUUUUCAUUGAGUUUCUCAUCCCGUGCUCGGCAACUACUUAUUGCAAUCACGAAUCCAGCUAUUUUUCUUCCUUCAAAUAUAAAGGUUAUCCUGAACACUGUAAAUUUUGUUGUGAGAACCUCUUUAGCUCGCCUUUUCAGGUACAUAUGCAUUUUGCCUUGUCACGCUUUUGCUGUUUAUUUAGAAUACCUAAGUUCUCCUAUCAAAGACGUCAAGGCUGAUUGUAGACUAUUAGCUGCUAUAUUGGGCUACAGAAAAGGUAAAUAAUAAACUAGAAAUAAUAUUAUAUGAGACAGUGUUUCCAGUUUGUCCCUAUCCCAAACGCCGCAGGUUUUUCCUCCUGUAGUAAUAAACACUGGACCAACGAGAGUUAGUCCUUACUGCAUGGGCAUGUUGAGGAACAGAUCUAGCUAGAACUGAUAAAACUUUCCAGUACAAAUAAAGAUAAUUCAGUUUUAGUGCAAUUUGCUAAGUGUAAAUGAAUAGCAGGACCAGCAUCCGUCAGCUUUUGUUUUGUAUUCACAGAGGACAUUGGUUUUAUCAGUGAAGUCAUCAGAGUUCACAAUAAGUACCGUAAGAUCCAUGGAUGUCGGGACUUAUCCCAAUGUGCUCGGUUACGGCAGCAAGCUGGUAUGUACGCGCAAGAGCUGGCGAAUCAAGGAGUCCGGGAACUACAGAAUAAUCCAAAGUUGGAAUUUGGAAUCGGUGAAAAUAUUUACAUCUCGUGUGGAAAUGAAGUCAGUGGAGAGGAGGCUGUGAAUCAUUGGUAAGAAGGAUUUUUAUUACACCUCAGAUGUGUGCCCUGGAAAAACUAGGAAACGUUCUUCCCCACAAGUUCUGAAACAAAUUUUGUUUCCCUGAUAUGAUUUUUGUUGCAGAAACAAUGUUUCCUGGUUUAACCACCUUCGAAAACAUGGCUAUGAAACAAUGUUCUCUGGUUUAUCCACUGGGAAACAUGGCUAGGAAACAAUGUAUAAAUGCACAAAACUCAAAUGCGUUAUUUCUUAUAGGUACAACGAGGCGUGUAAUUAUUUUACCAGCAAGAAAUCGUACAACGAGUACAAACAUUUUGCGCAAGUUGUGUGGAAAGCGACGUAUCUCAUCGGAGUAGGCCGGCGAACGAGUACUAAGUCGGGACAGAAGUGUACAUACGUGGUGACUCGAUACAGACCAGGAGCAGAGCAGGGUCCUGCUGAAUCUGCUAAUAUCCCGAAAGGCAACUUUGAUUCUAGUAUUUGUUCAGGUAAUAGUGGGGGAACUGGCGCCAACAUACAGGCAUCUGGGGGCUUCGCAUCUCAAACAGGCGGCAGAGGUACUUCUGAGUCUGCAACGAAUUCCGGGCAAUCGAUGCAAGGAAGGCCUGCGCAAGGAAAUGCAGUUCCACAGCCUUCUGAAUCAGCCCAGCUUGCAGGAUCAUCUAAUGCAGGUUCUCCAGCAAGAGGUGCUUCUAACAGCGCACAAAGUACUCAGUCGAUGCCUGCAGCAGGGAAGCCAGUAAGUCAGUCUGAAUCUAGUCAACCCGCAAGAUUGCCUACCAAUAGUCAACCUGCAGGGUACUCUACACCUGCAGGAUCUAUGGGGACUGAAACUAGUGAAGGAGGUGGUGUGGUAGGAAAUAAUGGGAUAACAGAGAGUAAUAGUGUACCUAGUGUCACACCCACCAGUGUGCCGGGAACUGGAGAUCGCGAGAGAGCAAGCAACCCCGAAAACUCGCAUAUUUCACCUUUGAUUGAACAACAGGAAACAGGAUCACAAGGAUCGCAGGGUACUGGAGGACAACAGGUUUCACCAACAUCUACACCCUACUGUCCCCCUUGUCCUGGUACUGACAUACAAACAGAAAGUUUUGAAACUUCUGGAGGUGCGGAACGCUUACCUGAGUCAGGUAAUAACCCAAGAUCUGACAGAGAAGAGGAACAGUCUUCAUCCAACUCUAAUCCUGAUCAACUGGCUAGUUCUACUAAUUCAGGUAAUCCUUCUGAUCAAACUAAUCCUGCCAAUCCGGAUAAACCUGCUGAACAAGUUGAUUCUGUUGAUUCUACUAAUCCAGGUAAACCUGUUGAUCAAACUAAUACCGCCAAUCCGGAUAAACCUGCUGAACAAGUUAAUUCUGGUAAGACUGUCGAACCAGUUAAUCCUGUUGAUAAAGCAAAUCCUGAUGAACAAGGUAAACCAGCUGAACAAACUAAUCCUGCCAAACCUGAUAAUCCUGUUGUGUCAUCUGGUAGUGAAAAACAGUGCCCUGCAUGUUCGUGUCCAAAGAAGCAAGGAAGUGAAAACCCUCAAGGUUCGAAAGGGAGCCAGCAACAAACUAGUGAAGGAAGUAAAAGUUCCCCAGGUGGUAAUGAGGUAUCACACGGGCAACCUAGUGGUAAAGAAGUAUCACAAGGGCAAUCAAGUGAAAGUAAUAACACACCUACAAACGAGGUUAAACCGAGUAGCGAAGGAAGACCUGGUGGAAACGUAGCCUCAUCUGAAUCAGCAGGUGUUUCUGGCAAAACAACUCUCAGUGAGAACCCGCCCGCAAGUCAAGGCGGUCGAGAGGGCGGUGAGGGUAAACCAGCGUCACAAGGUGCUAUCGAGGGUAACACUGGAAGUGGUACCAGUGAACCGAGCGUAAAUCAACCCACAAGAGAAAACCAAUCUGCUGAAACUGGGAAUCCUAGUAGACCUAGUGAAGGAACAGGGGUGACGUCAGGUGGCAGUGAAGGAACGAUAGGAAUAUCAUCAGAAGGCACUGGAGGGUCGCAGGGAUCGUCAUCAGGUGGCUCCGAGGGAUCACAAGGGACUGAAAAUACUGAGACGACAGAAGGAUCAAGAACAGGUUCUGAAGGUACUGGAGACACUGGAGACAAGGGGACGGGAGGUGUUGAGGGAGGACAAACAGAAGCAACACAGGGUGCGGGUGGACAAGGAGGUGGGGUAUCUGGUGGUAUACCUGAAGGUGGUGCUUUCAUUGAAAGUAAGUUUAUGAUGACUAUGAGAGUUUAGUGGUCAGCUACCUCUGUUUGAGCAAUAAAACAUAUUCUUGUUCCCUUUAGAUCUCGAUGUAUUUCAACAGAGCGCUCUUGAGGCACACAACAAGUAUCGACAGUUCCAUAAUUCUCCUCCGCUAGUACAAAACAGUGAAAUGUCCUCUCAAGCUACGGAAUUUGCUCAAAAGCUGGCCAAAUCAAGCAUCAAUGAUGCCGAGCAUUCGCAAAAAUCAUCCAGAGAAAACCAAGGAGAGAAUGUAUAUGUCGGCUGUCAGACUAAUCCAUCCGGAGCUGACGUCACUAAAGAAUGGUAAGAUUUUUCUUUAAACAAAGCUUUCGUUGGUAGCGAUGCACCUAUCUGAAAAAUACAAGGAACUGAAUUUCUCCUUGUAUUUUUCAGGUAGUUGCAUCUCUACCAACGAAAGCUUUAUGUUUGUGAUGUUACUCUGAGUGUAUAUCCACACCGGGCAGGCUUGAAAAAUAUGCCUGGCCACGGUGGGAAUUAUUAUAAUUUAUUGGCACUACCUUGAUGUUCGUCCAGACGUAUUAUUCACAGGCCCAUUCACCUCUAGCAUAAAUCACAUCGGGGCAUUGUUUUCACAUUUCUUUUAUUUUUAAGGUAUAAAGAAUUAUGCAACUAUGAUUACAAUAAGCAGGCCAAAAUUGAUGCAAAGGAACCGAUCGGUCAUUUCACUCAAGUCAUUUGGAAAUCAAGUACGGAAUUUGGCAUCGGUAGAGCAUAUGGUUCUGACCAAAAUUGCGUGUAUAUAGUGGCCCGGUAUAAACCUGCUGGGAAUGUUCUUGGCUCAGAGUCUGCUAAUAUUGCACGCGGCACAAUGGACGGUGAGUACUGUGGUAGUGAGUUUAUGGCAAUUAAUAAGCCAGAAAAUGGGAAGAAAGAAGGUUUGUCGCCUGGAGGUCAGCCAGAUGGUGCCAGCAAGGUGGAAACAGAACAGCCUAACCAAAAUACCAACGAAGGUAGCCAACAAGAAUCUAGCAACGCCAGUGAGGGCAAGGAACAAAAUACUAAUGAAGCAAAUCCAUCCGAAGGCAACAAUGUCAGUCAGGGAAACCAACAAAAUAGUGAAAAUUCUAACACUGGUGAAUCAAACCAAUCUGAAACUAGCACUAAUGAAAGUAACCAACAAAAUACCAAUACUGGAGAAACAAACCUACCAGAAAGUACCAGCAACGGUAGCGAAGGAGGUCGACAACAGACUGAAGGAAGAAAUGAACAAGCACGAACGAACACCUCUUCUGAAAGAGAUGGUAGCAAACGCAUUCCAUUCCUGCCAGGUUACUUGCAAAAAUCAGCGUUAGAAAACACUAAUAAACGCUACAGAGGACUUAGAACAGAAUAA